AUGUCUGAGAAAAUUGCUACUCAACAAUCUCUCUCCAAGCAGAGCGGUGGUAAAACCGCCUUCAAGGACUACUUGGAAAAGUUUGCUCAUGUUGAGGACCCUUUGGAAAGAAGAAGAUUGGCUCUUGAGGAAAUCGACAAUGCUGGUUUCGGUUGGACUCAGGUCAAGAUGAUCAUGAUUGCAGGUGUUGGUUUCAUGACGGAUUCUUAUGAUAUUUUCGCUAUCAACUUGGGUAUCACCAUGUUGACGAAUGUCUACUGGGGCGGUACAAUGCCUGAUUCUACUACCACCCUUUUGAAGGUUUCUACUUCUGUCGGUACCGUUAUUGGCCAGGUUGGUUUCGGUAUGAUGGCCGAUUUCGUCGGUAGAAAGAGGAUUUACGGUUUGGAGUUGAUUGUCAUGAUUUGUGCUACUAUCAUUCAGUGUGUUAUUGGCUCUUCUCCUGCUAUCAGUUUCCCUGCUAUUUUCGCCUUUUUGAGAAUUGUCAUGGGUAUUGGUAUUGGUGGUGACUAUCCAUUGUCGUCCAUCAUCUCUUCUGAGUUCUCUACUACAAAAUGGAGAGGUGCUAUCAUGGCUGCUGUUUUCUCUAACCAGGGUUUGGGUCAGAUUCUCGCUGGUAUUGUUGCCCUUUGUCUUGUCGCUGGUUACAAGAGCGACUUGCAGCCAUAUGAACAACACCAAUGUACUGGUGUGUGUAUCAAGGCUUGUGACCAGAUGUGGAGAGUUUUGAUUGGUUUCGGUUGUGUUCCUGGCUGUAUUGCUUUGUACUACAGAUUGACCAUCGCCGAGUCUCCUCGUUACUCUCUUGAUGUUGAGGACAUUGCUCACUUGGACAAGCAGGCUGACAUUGAGGCUGUUCUCGAUGCUGCUGCUCAGGAAAUUACUCCACCAAAGGCUUCUUUCAAGGACUUUUGGAGACACUUUGGCCAGUGGAAGCACGGUAAAUACUUGAUCGGUACUGCUGGUUCUUGGUUCAUGUUGGACAUUGCUUACUACGGUUUGGGUCUUAACACUGCUGUUAUCUUGGACGCUAUUGGAUAUGCUUCUGACAAGAACAUCUACACUAACUACUGGAACACCGCCGUUGGUAACUUGAUUUUGGUCUGUGCUGGUUCUUUGCCAGGUUACUGGGUUGCCGCUGCUACGGUCGACACUAUCGGAAGAAAGCCAAUCCAGCUCAUGGGUUUCAUUCUUUUGACUGUCUUCUUCUGUAUUCUUGGUUUCGCUGAUGACAAACUUGGCCAGAACGGUAAGUUGGCUUUGUACGUCUUGUGUCAGUUCUUCGAGAACUUCGGUCCUAACACAACUACUUUCAUCGUUCCAGGUGAAUGUUUCCCAACUAGAUACAGAUCUUCUGCUCACGGUUUGUCCGCUGCUGCUGGUAAGGUUGGUGCCAUUGUUGCCCAGACAUGUCUUGGUACUUUGGUGAACCACGGCUGUGCUGCCAACGACAGAAACUGUUUCCUUCCACAUGUUAUUGAGAUCUUUGCUCUUUUCAUGUUGCUUGGUUGCUUCACCACUCUCUUGAUCCCAGAGACCAAGAGAAUGACCUUGGAGGAGAUCUGUGAGAAGUACCACGGUGAAGUUGACACCACCAAGUUGGGCGCCGACAGAUACGUUACAGAGCAAGCCGAUUCUUCCGACUCUGACUUGAAACGCUAA